AUGCAUAUAUUGGACACACUAUCGAUUGCAAAUUAUUAUAAUCCAGAUUAAUAAAUUAAGGAGCAUUUACUAAAAAUAGCCAAGGAACUUUAUAAAUCUGAUUAAGAAUUACCAAAAUUGAUGUAAAGAUAUGAAUUUACAAUUUCUAUUCUAGAAAGUGAAUUAUUGAAUGUUAAAGUAAAAUCUUCACAUAAUAUAGUAAUAUUUGUCACUUUAUGCAACAGUUAUGAAAACCAAAAUUAAGGAAUUUUAUACAAACUCUAAGUUUUAGUUGUUUUGUAAUGUUUAUGUCCCAUUGAAGUUUAUUAGAACUAUUAAUAUUUUUUGUUAUAAUCCUUCCCUUACUGGUUAUGUUGCACUAGUUAAAACUGACUAGAUGAUAACUUUGAUUGCGAUGGAAUAAAUGCUAUCUUAAAUAGAUAAUAAAGAAUAAGAAAGUUAUUACACAUUUGAUGAGUUAUUUGAGGAUGUAAAAAUAUCCAUCAUUUUAGAUUUCAAUUCCCAUAAUCAAUAUGACUCCUGAGAAAGAGUAAUAAAAACCUCUUAUCAGAAGACAUAAAAAGUCUUUAUCUGAACAUUAAAUGUUUGAUUUUUAAAGAGACUAAAAGCAAUCUCAGAUAUUGGCAUAAAUGCAAUCUAUUCAUUAAGAUUAAGCUUGUAUUUAAAUCAAUCAAAAAUAGUUUAUUUUUCCUAAGUCAAACAAUAAUCAUUACUUUAGGAUGAUUACCAAUUCCCUUCUUUAGAUUAGAAAAACUCAAAUAAAAGUGAUAAUUCAUUUCCAGAAGAAUAAAGGAAGCGUUUGACAUAUAUAAACUAAUUUGAUUAACAAUUAACAUAGGAUAUUUAUUAGUAGAAGUAUGAAGAAACAAUACCUGAUCCUGAUGAUUUUGAUAUGUUUCCUCCGCUGGAAUUGAAUUCAGUAACAAGUUGUCCACCAUCGAAUAAAUUACAACAAACUGAUUUAAAAAAAUAAAUGGCUAAUCCAAUUUAUACAGGAAGAUUAAAGUUUUUUGAUGAAUAAAAAAAUUAUGGAUUUAUUGUUAUGGAUGAAGAUAAAUCAGAUAUUUUUGUUCAUUUAGAUGAUUUGUAAAAAGCUGGAGUGAGUAAAGAAGUCUUAAAAUCUGCUAAAUAAGGGUCUUUAAUUAGGUACAUUUAUAGAUAUAAUUUAGAUUUUAAUUUAAUUGUAUGGUUUAUGUUGGAAAAUACAAAAAGUCUAGGAAGGCUGUAGAAUUGAAACUACUAAGCAACUAAUAAGCAAACAACUUCAAAUUAUAUUAAAUGAUUUGA